CCAGCAAACUCACGAUUGAAAAGCAUCAACAACAAAGCCGUCCAAUUCACCAUGCCGCAGCCGCCGUGCAGCACCGAGUUGGAGUCGCCGUCGUGAUCCACCCGCGCGAGACGAUGAACUGGGUUCCGCACAUGGUGCAUCUAGAUGGGAGGGGUUUUUCGCUGUCGAUCAACCAGAGCGACGACUCGCGCAUUGGAUCCAGCCGCAACGACAGCUCCGGGGGCGGCACCCUCUCCACGCUCAACUCUUCCGGGAAUCUGGGCUUCACCUUCGCCCCGGUUGCCAUCUACUCGGCCAUCUGCUUCAUCGUCUUUCUCGUCUUUCGCCGCAAGUGCCGCCGUGUCUACGCCCCGAGGACGCUGCCAUGCCUGCGGACGCCAGAGCCCACGAGCCCCGUGCUCCCUGGGGGCUGGUUCAACUGGAUCAAGCCUUUCUUUGCCAUCACCGAUGACUACAUCCUCAACAACUGCUCACUAGAUGGCUUCUUCUUCCUCCGCUUCCUCAAGGUCAUGUCCAUCAUCUGCCUCGUGGGAUGCUGCAUCGCCUACCCCAUCCUGCUGCCCGUCAACGGCACGGGCGGCAGCGGGGAGCAGUCCCUCGAAUCGCUGACUAUCGGAAAUAUCAAACUAGCCACCAAAUUCUACGCGCACGUGGUGGUGGCUUGGUGCUUCUUCGGCUUUGUCUUGUUUAUGAUCUGUCGAGAGUGCAUCUACUUUGUCAACGUCCGGCAGGCGUAUCUGCUGUCGCCCAACUACUCCAAGCGGGUCUCCUCCAGGACCGUCUUGUUUACGUGCAUCCCCAAGCCCUACAUGGAGGAGGCAAAGCUGAGGAAGCUGUUCGGCGACUCGGCAAAGAACAUUUGGAUCGUCAGGGACACGAGCGCCCUGCGUGCCCUCGUCGAGGACCGCGAGGAGACGGCCGACCGGCUGCAACAGGCCGAAGUCAAGCUGAUCAGACUGGCCAACGCGGCACGGCAAAGGCAUCUCAAAAGGCACCCUGUGCCGUCCAGUCCGAAUGGCGGUGUCGACCAGGUUCCGGUGCACGUCCCCGAGGAGUCUUUCGGGAAUGAUGCGGAAAAGGGACAGGUCCAGGUCAAUACCGCCAUCAGAUUUGCUGAGCAGGAGCUGUCCGUGUUGGAUAGCACAGCGCUGGAGGAGGAGCAGAAGCCAGCCGACCCAGAGUAUACGCAUCCAUACGGCCUCGACCCCUCGCUGCCAGAUGUUAGAGGCUCCGUGGCGGCCCUCUGGAUCCCUGUCCAGGCACGACCGUACCACCGUCCCCUCCGGAACUUCGGCCGCCGGGUCGACACGAUCAGGUGGACGAGGGCACGGCUGAAGGUGCUCAACCGCGAGAUAUGGAAGCUGCGGAAAAAGCAUCGCGGAGGAGACGGCGAGCCCCUGAAUGCAGCAUUCAUCGAAUUCGACUCGCAGGCCAGCGCGCAGCAGGCCUUCCAAAUCCUGGCCCACCACCAGCCGCUGCACAUGUCGCCGCGCUACAUCGGCCUGCAGCCCGACGAGGUCAUAUGGAGUGCGCUGCGCAUCCGGUGGUGGGAGCACAUCAUGCGGCGCUUCUUCAUGAUGGGCGUCAUUGCCGCUGCCAUCAUCUUCUGGUCUAUCCCGGCGGCGCUCGUCGGCAUGUUGACCAACAUCCACGACCUGAGCAAGAGCGUCUUCUUCCUCUCGUGGAUCCUCAAGCUGCCCGAAACCAUCCUGAACAUCAUCCAGGGCCUGCUGCCGGCCCUCGCCCUGUCGUGGUUGAUGGCGGCCGUCCCGUGGAUGCUCCGGGGCUGCGCGCGGGUUGCUGGCGUGCCGUCCCACGGUCUGGUGGAGCUGUUCGUCCAGCAUGCCUACUUUGCUUUCCAGAUCGUGCAGGUCUUCCUCAUCACGACGCUCACCUCGGCCGCAUCUUCCGCCGUGACCGAGAUCCUGCAGGACCCGCUUUCCGUGAGGGAACUGCUCUCCAAGAAUUUGCCCAAGGCGUCCAACUUCUACCUGUCCUACAUCCUCAUCCAGUGUCUUGCUGCCGGCGCCGCCAGGCUCGCCAACUUUGGCGACCUCUUUCGACACGAGAUUGUCUCGAACGUGUCGGCGAAUCCCAGAUGGCGGUUCAAGCGCUGGCGCAGGCUGACCAGGGUUCACUGGGGAAGCGAGUUCCCCCGGUUUACCAACAUGGGUGUGAUAGCGAUCAGCUAUUCCUGCAUCGCCCCCCUGAUUCUGGUCUUCGCCGGCCUCGGCAUGCUUUUCGUCAGCUACGUCUACAGGUACAGCCUGAUUUACGUCUACGAUUCCAGCCGUGACACGAAGGGACUCUUUUACCCCCGCGCCCUGAUGCAGCUUAUGAUGGGCCUCUACGUGGCCGAGAUCUGCCUCAUCGGUCUCUUUGGUCUCAGGUCGGCCAUCGGGCCGCUGAUAUUAAUGGCUAUCUUCUUCGUAUUCACCGCACUCGUCCACAUCUCCCUCAACGAGGCCGUCACUCCUCUGCUCUACAAUCUCCCGCGGACUCUUGCACUCGAGAAGGACAUCGGGCCCAUCGCAGAGGACGAGAGACCGGGCGGCGACACGGCCCGACCGCCGCCGUCUGAAACCACCGGCGGCCUAGCCGCGGAUUACUACAACAUGUCCGAGGCCGAUGACGAUCAUUCCGCCGACGACGACGACGACGAAGAUGGCGACAGCCCCCCACCCGCAAACCACGACCUCGACACCGACAUCCAACUCCGCGGCAUCGAAGGCAGCGCGUCCCUCAAAUACCACAUCAUCGAAUGGACCAAGUCCUUCUUCAAAUCCAAGCUCACAAACAAGCCACCACCAUCACCAACGUCAUCACCAGAAUCCAGCCUGACCCGCAUCCUCACCCAAAUCAAGAACUUCCUCACCCCGGACCCGGCCCGCGAACCCAACAUGCUCCUGACCUUCCUGCACCCGGAGAUUUACCAGGACUUCCGCGCGCUGCAACCCCGGGUCAACCCGGAGCCGGCCGACGUGGACCUGCCCAGGGGGUACGCCAAGCGGGCCUACCAGCCGCCCGAGAUGUGGGCGCCCGCGCCGAGGCUGUGGAUCCCCCGGGACGAGGCGCGGGUGAGUCGACAGGAGGUGGCGCAUUCCAGGGCCGCUGGGAUCCCUGCGUUUGAUGUUGCGUGUUGGUUGGUAGAGGGUGGUGGUGGAAGGGCAAGGGGGGAGGAGAAGAAGAACAAGAGAAAAAGAGGGGGUGGCAGGUUCAGGGUGGAGUGUGAUCUUGAGGGGAGUCCGUUGUUUGAGGAGAGGUUGGUUUAUUAAUCGGAUCACAACUAUUGACCAUAGGGGUGGUUUAAUCUGGGUAAGGAGUUAGGAGUGGAGGGAAGGGUGGCAAUUGGGAGUUUCAAGAUCUAAGUAUUAAAUGAUCAAAGUACCUAUUCAAGCCGGUCUUAGUCGGUGGGAGGGAGUGAGUGCUUUCUGAGCUUGUUAUGCGAAUGGGAUGUACGUAAAGUCACAAGUACUAGCAAUGUCCGGUGAUGAGUAGGUGAGUCAGGUAGGUUCUCAUACCGCAACCCUCCAUCACACAUGGUAGGUUCUCAAUUCGCAUCUAAGGCCUAGCCGUCAUCGGUACCGGUAUUCAGGCGCUUGUCGAGGCGGAACUCGAGCUCUAGACUCCUGAGAGUCAUUUGUGCAAGUGUCACCACACCUUUC